AUUAACGACUUUAAAAUUCAUUAUACGGAUGAAAAAAAGGAAGCCAUUGCCAUCGAUAAUGAUUUUGAUUUGCGAGAAGCUAUAAAACACAUUAAGUCCCAUUCUAAGGAAGAUUCUCGCCUUGUUAUCCGGUUAAUCUUGGAAGUAGCAUCCUUUUCUGCCAAUCAAGAAUUUCCUAAUUUAUCUAAUUAUAGUAAUCCUGAUACUAAUCCAAGCGUAGCGCAGAAUUUUGUCACCCAACCCAGCAAUAUGACAGACGUUAGUACCCACGACGACAAUCAUGCCAUUCCCCACCCUUGCACUUCUUAUAAAUCCACAAAUUAUCAUAACGCAAUUUGUGAUUACUGUGGGUCAGUAAUCGUGGGCAUUCGUCAUAAAUGCAUCAAUUGUCCAGAUUUUGAUUUGUGUAACAAUUGCAUUGCUCUUGCACCAGCCCAACAUCCGGGUCACACUUUUAUACCGAUUCAUAGAACCGGUGAACUUGAAAUCAAACCUUCCAAUUCUAUAUUCCACCCUGGAAUCAGAUGUGAUGCUUGCGGAAAAGCAAUUCGUGGUGUUAGAUAUAAUGAGAUGGAACUUGUAUCAAGUCAAACCACAUCUAGUUCUGAUUCAUUGAGUUCAAACCAAUUAAAUUCUCUAACCAGUUCCCUUAAUGGUGGAGAUUCUACUAGUGAAUCGGCUAUCAGUCGGGCACCAAUCAGGUUGUAUAAUAGUUCUUCUUUGUCUAACUUUAAUAUAUCACCUCCUCCCGAAAGGCUUGCACAGGAGACAGUUGAGAUGGAAUUUGUAUCAAGUCAAACCGCAUCAGUUGCAUCUAGUUCUGAUUCAUUGAGUUCAAACCAAUUAAAUUCUCUAACCAGUUCCCUUAAUGGUGGAGAUACUACUAGUGAAUCGGUUAUCAGUCGGGCACCAAUCGGGUUGUAUAAUAGUUUUUUGUCUAACUUUAAUAUAUCACCUCCCGAAAAGCUCGCACAGGAGACAGUCCAAACAUUUAUUUCUACAAACACUUCAGAUAUCCCUUGUUCACCUUCACCAUCUGUAACUACCAUUGCCUCUCAGGACGAAGACGAUAAUAUUCCCAUGUCAUAG